AUGACACCGGCCCUGUGUCCGGCCAGGGCACCCAGCGGAGGUGUCACGGGCUCUAAAGGGGCCGCCGUCUCGGAUCUCUGGUGCACCGAGGAGGUGAAGACCCCCGGGGCCGAGGCCGGCAGAGCUAAAGUCCACUACAACGUGGAGUUCACCUUCGACACCGACGCCCGCGUGGCCAUCACCAUCUACUACCAGGCCACCGAGGAGUUCCAGAACGGCAUCGCCAGGUGGCAGCGGGGCCUCCAGGUCCUUAAGAUGCUGUUGGAACCCUGUGAAGUGACCCUGGUGGCCGGUGGCUGCAUAGACGAGUUUAAUCGCAUUCCCCAGCCAAGCCGAGGACGUAGCUACAUCCCCAAAGACAACAGCCUGCAGUCGGAGACGGUGCACUACAAGCGCGGGGUGUGCCAGCAGUUCUGCCUGCCCUCCCACACCGUGGACCCCUCCGAGUGGGCCGAAGAGGAGCUCGGCUUCGAUCUGGACCGAGAGGUCUACCCGCUGGUGGUCCAUGCCGUGGUGGACGAAGGAGACGAGUAUUUCGGCCACUGCCACGUGCUGCUGGGCACUUUCGAGAAGCACACGGACGGGACCUUCUGUGUCAAGCCCCUCAAGCAGAAGCAAGUGUCCGCAGGCCGCCACGCCGGCCGGACUGUUCCCAUCCCUUGUCCAGCAAGUGUGCGUCUUUGUCCUUGGCUCAGUGUCCUCUCCCGGCAGGUGGCUGAGGACGAGGUGAGUGACAACAGCGCCGAGUGCGUGGUGUGCCUCUCGGACGUGCGGGACACCCUCAUCCUGCCCUGCCGCCACCUCUGCCUGUGCAACACCUGCGCCGACACCCUGCGCUACCAGGCCAGCAACUGCCCCAUCUGCCGCCUGCCCUUCCGGGCGCUGCUGCAGAUCCGAGCCAUGAGGAAGAAGCUGGGCCCCUUGUCCCCGACCAGCUUCAACCCCAUCAUCUCCUCCCAGACCUCCGACUCAGAGGAGCCCUCGUCCUCCGAGAACAUCCCGCCAGGCUAUGAAGUGGUGUCCCUUCUGGAGGCGCUCAACGGGCCCCUCACCCCGUCCCCCGCGGUCCCUCCACUCCACGUGCUGGGCGACGGCCACCUCUCAGGAAUGCUGCCCGCCUACGGCAGCGACGGCCACCUGCCCCCUGUCAGGACGCUCUCCCCGCUCGACCGCCUGCCCGACGGCAGCAGCCAAGGACUCAAGCUCAAAAGGAGUCUCUCCAAGUCCAUCUCCCAGAACUCCUCCGUGCUGCACGAGGAGGAAGACGAGCGUUCCUGCAGCGACUCGGAGACGCGCCUCUCUCCGCGGCCGGCCGCGCAGCAGCCCGGAGAGGAAUGUGGCGUCACUCCAGAUAGCGAGAAUCUCACCCUGUCGUCAUCAGGGGCCAUUGACCAGUCGUCUUGCACGGGGACGCCUCUCUCUUCCACGAUUUCCUCCCCAGAAGACCCUGCCAGCAGCAGCCUGGCCCAGUCGGUCAUGUCCAUGGUGUCCUCCCAGAGCCAGCACUCCCAGCUCAGCACCGACACGGUCUCCUCCAUGUCCGGCUCCUACAUCGCCCCCGGCACAGGCACGGGCACGGAGGACGAGGGAGAGGCGCUCCCCUCCCCGCUGGCCGCCAGCAGGGCCGCUUCCGAGGAAGGAGAGGCGAUGCCGGCGGCGUCUCCAGACAGCAACUUUGUGGGCCUCGCUGACGAGCAGGACGCAGAGGGCAAUGACGUCAUGGAGGAAGAUGAUGGGUCCCCCACACAGGAAGACGGCCAGAGGACGUGCGCGUUUCUAGGCAUGGAGUGUGACAAUAACAAUGACUUUGACAUCGCAAGCGUGAAAGCACUGGACAAUAAGCUGUGCUCUGAGGUCUGCUUACCCGGCACCUGGCAGGCCGAUGACAACGCGCUCAGUCGUCGGCACCCUCGGCGUCGGCGCCGGUCGUCCAGCAGCCUGGAGGAUGCCGAGAGCGGGCGCUGCGUGUGGGGGCCUCUGGCCGUCUGAGAGCCCGCCCCAGGCCAGAGCCUCCUCCGGUCCCCGCAUCCCAUCCUGGACUCACUGGACCAUGGCCUCCUGGGCAUCCUCAGCGGGACACGUGGAGACUUUUACACCCACGUGGGAGCUGGGCGUGGAGGCCAGCCUGCUCCUCCUGGCCCCCAGCCUUCCAUCACCAGGACCCCGGCCCUCUCCGAAGGGGCUGGACGCCUCCUUCCUCCUCAGAGACCCUCUGGAACGUUCCCACUGUAUCUUGAUCUUCAGGGGAGCCACGGCCCACAGGCUGGCGUCUUGAGCAUCUCUCUGCUCCAUGGCGGGUAGACCAGAAGGCUCGGAGUCUUAGCGGCUGCAUUGCAGGUGUUUUCGUGUGUCAGGGACAGCAACUCCAAUUUGAAACCUCCAGUUCGGGGUGGAUUUGAGGGAGACACGUGAGAAGGCAAAGCCAUGUUGCACUGUAUGCGGAGUUUCCUUCAAGGACAAGAGAAAUGGUACCAGCCCACCAGAUGGUUGGUUGAAAAGACAGUUCUUGCUUCCAGCAGGCGAGCUGGUCUAAGCGUCAUGUGAGUGUCUUGCUUAGAGAGGAGGCCUUGGACCUGAGACCAACGCCCCACCCCCCACCCUCCCCAGUUACAUGACCGCCCUCUGGAGGGCCUUAGAUCAGGUGCAUCCGGGAAGGCCUGGGACCCCACCCUAAUGUGACAUUUCAAAACACAUUUGUGACCACCUCUCUCCGGUGCGUGGAGCUGUCAUCACUCUGGCCCUGUCCAGUGGUGUUCUUACCCGUUUCCCCGUCUCCACCCCUGUUUGUUCAUAGUUGAAGAGACAGGCUGAGAGGGGGGUGGACCAGGGACCCUCCAGCUGGUACCCUGGACUCCCCAAGGAAGCGGUGCGGAGCACUGAGCUGGGGGCCGGCAGUGGGCCGGGCGCUGGUGGCAGGAGGCAGGGCUUUCACCCCUGGGCGUCUCCUCCCGCACCCCCCCACCCCCCGCCUUCCAGUCCUCCUGAGCCUGAGAGGGGCAAGGGGAGGGACUGCCUCCCACAGGCUCCUUAGAGACUUAGAGAGAGUGUUCCAGUCACGUGCCCACCCCCCCUCAGCCCAAAAGCUGGUGAGAGCAAGGCUGCCCCGGACCAUGAGUGCUGGUCCCCCUCUCGGCGCCGGCUCUCCUGAGUCCUCGGCUCUUGGACAGACGCUCUGUCUGUUGGCCUUUGGAAAAGGUGGUCGAGCGCGGGCUUGGGAGGCAGAGCUGUCAACAGCGACGUGUGAGGCUGAGGCGUGGAGCCCAGGCUAUGCCCGCCGAUGGCUUGUCUUAGGAUUUGGAACUGUCACCCGGAAGAGCUUCUCGGGGCCCUUGCCAAGCCUCCCAGGGAGCCCUGAGCCCUGGCUCAGCACCCUUCAGGCGGCCUUUUGCACGGCCGGGUGAGCAGGGCCCCCCCGCCGCCCAGUGGCUGUGGCUCACGCUCUGCCUGGUCGGGGAACCUGCUGUUCUGACAGGUGCCACGUGAGCCAAGCCGGAAUCGAAGCUUCUGGAUGGAGUUCCCCCCGUCCGCCCUCUCUGGAAUCCUGCCGUGGACUCCACUGGCUCAGGCCCCACUCUGUGUCCUUCCCCCCCACACACCCCCCGGCAUUCUUCCAGCCCCAGCCCCUUUCCUAUUGAGAUCUGAGCAAUAACCCCACUCCCUGAGUUCCUCCAAGUUUGAGCCCCAGAAACGCCCGGGAAGGGGGCUUCCCUCAGCCUCGGGAGAGGCGCACAGACCCACCUGCUCUUCCGGCAGGUAGCCUUCACGGUGUGGUGUCACCUGAGAUGAAGGAGCCGCAGGUCAACAGCAGCCACAGGGGCCAGGAACCCUAAGAGGAAGCCAUCACCGUCACCCUUUCUGGGGGGUCUGUGUCCGCUCCCAGGGGGAGAGAGGCUCAGAAAGGCUCUUCUAAGCCCUGGUUCCCUACCCAGGACCUCUGGGCUAUAGGAUGGCCCCUCAGUCCUUGUUUUUCAGUCACUUCCUGUCCUCUGCCCCCCACCCUCCUUCUCAUUCAGAUGUUGGCAAGCAGAGAUACCGCCCCCAGAGGCCAGUCCUCAGCCUGAGAGGGGACCAGGCCGCUGCCCCCGAGAGAAUGGACGGGCAGAGGCAGACUCCUUCCUUCCACCCGGGCCUGAGCUCCCCACGGCCUCCAGGUAGUGUGAUCCAGGCCUCCUGGCAGAGCCUUUCUCCAUCCCACCGGAGUUCACGCCCACACCGGGCACCUCUGGGGCACAGGCCCACACACUUGAAGCCAUCUCACCCGGAGAGAGCUAGGGUCCUGUCAGCCUGACCCUGGCCCCCUCAAUGCUCACCUUGCUUUAGGGUCUGCACCCCGGCUGUGUGCAGGGGUGUCUGUACGGUUGUGCCACCCGUAUACCCCUCAUCCCUGGGGUGACGCUCAUGGGUACGCGACAGUGGGGGCGUCGGGAUGCGGUGUUCAUGGGCUGCUGCAUGAUUCUUAAAACGGAAUAAAACUGUUUACAAGGAAGGA